ACCGUAUCUACGUAGUAAAUAAACUCAUAGAAAUGUAAGACAUAAAUAAACAGUUUAUUGACAAGGCUAUGUAUUGUUAAAGGUGUUAGUAAAUUUAGAGACAAAAUGAGAUCGUGCUUAUUUCGAAAAAGAGGUAGUGAUGAUGAAAGGGAACCUUUGCUUCCCGCGAUCCCUGUAUCCGAAUCAAGUUCAAAUAUCGGAAAUGAGUGUGCUAGCGAGACAAACACAAACGGCAGGAUGGCAAAUCUCGGUGUCUCUCAAACAGAACUGGUUGCUCCUCGGGGAGAUUCUGGUCGCAAGUUACCUCAAUACAUUGCUGCUUUAGCAGCUACCCUUGGAGCACUAGCUGCUGGAACAAUGCUUGGUUGGUCUUCGCCAGUUGUGUUCAAAAUAACACAACCAAACAAUACAGACUACAAUUUUGACAUCAGCGAAACUGAAGGAAGCUGGAUUGGGUCUGUCAUCAACUUGGGUGCUGCUGCAAUUUGUUUUCCAAUUGGCCUGGUCAUGGAUGCUAUUGGACGAAAAAAAACUAUGCUGUUUCUCAUCCUCCCGUUCACUUUGGGCUGGCUUCUUAUAACUUUUGGUACGAGUGUCGGUAUGCUCAUAGGCGGAAGACUCAUUACCGGUAUUGCAGGAGGAGCUUUCUGUGUCACCGCACCGGCAUACACUAGUGAAAUAGCGCAAGACUCCAUCAGAGGUACCCUAGGGAGCUACUUCCAACUGAUGAUCACAGUUGGUAUUCUAUUUGCUUAUGCAGUGGGUAGUUACACAUCAGUGUUCCUUUUCAAUAUUCUUUGCACUCUGAUACCUAUUGUCUUUGGUAUUGUGUUCUUUUUCAUGCCUGAAAGUCCAAAAUUUUUGGUUGUAAAAAACAGAAACGAUGAAGCUCGAGAAGCACUAAUUAAACUACGCGGUACCAAUUACGAUGUUGACUACGAGCUGGACUCUUUGAAACUGAGCGCUGAAGAAGCACAGAACAAUCCAGUUUCAUUUGGAUCAGCUAUUACGAAGAAAACGUCUAUUAAAGCGAUAAUAAUUUGUUACGCACUUAUGAUAUUCCAACAGCUCUCUGGUAUAAAUGCGGUCAUCUUUAACACCUCAUCGAUUUUCGCUGCUGCCGGUGCCACAAUUCCGGCCGCGAUCGCGACCAUUAUCAUCGGCGUCAUCCAAGUAAUCGCCACAUUUGUAUCCAGUUUGGUUGUCGACAAAUUAGGCCGACGUAUUUUGCUUCUCUUCUCCGCUUUGGUUAUGUGCUUGUGUUCGACGGCUUUGGGGGUGUUUUUCUUCUUACAAAGUACGCACGGAGAAAAUUCUGAUAUAGUUCAAAGUCUUUUCUGGUUACCUCUUUUGUCUUUGUCUCUUUUCAUCAUCGCGUUCUCGCUUGGUUUCGGUCCGAUCCCGUGGAUGAUGGCUGGAGAUCUCUGCAAUAUUGACAUAAAGGCGUUCGUCGCCUCCACUGCCGGGACAUUGAACUGGCUGCUUAGUUUUACGGUGACGAGCACCUUCCUUGCCUUGAAUACUGCAAUUGGAUCUGGUCAGGUAUUCUGGAUGUUCGCAGGCAUCAUGUUGAUUGGUUUUGUAUUCAUUUUCUUCGUAAUACCAGAGACAAAAGGCAAGAGCCUUCAAGAAAUUCAAGUGAUGUUAGGAGCGACACCACAAGAUAGAAACGUAGAAGACAAAAAGUGAACAGACUGACAAAUAUUUGUGUAAGACGCUCGGUUAAGUUUGAAUGUCGUGCUGUUUAAUUGACAGUGUUUUUGACGUAACCCUAGUUCUUUGGUGUUUAUGUUAUGUAAGCAAUAUUUUCCUAACCAAAGAAUGUACGUGUGUCAGGAAUUUAUUAUUUAUAUAUAUAUAUAUAUAUGAUUAUUUAUUACCGAUUGUCGAAAUUGAAGUUGAGAAUUUUGAUUUUGCUGAUUUUAUUGUAUCGCUUAUGAAACGUACGAAGCAUAUUAUAAAAACACAAUUUUUAAUAUAGACGACGGCCCUGUUAUAAUGAUAACAUUGCAUGCACAUGAGCUUAAAUUUGGGUAAAUUAUCAGUGUUUAAAUUCAUUUUAUCGAAUUAUGUGUAUCCUUGUAAGCGGUGUGGAUGUUUUUACCUUCAUUAGCUAUCGUUAUCAAUCUGAUAUUAUUAAAUAUUUUAAAAACAAGGUACCUAAGUCUUAAAAGAUGUAGCUUUAGUUUUUUUAUUAAUUUUCCUAACGUGGUAGCUAUUAAUUUAAAAAAAAAUUGUUACGUUAAAUAAAAA